AUGGCGUCAGCCGAGUUUUUAGAGCAAGCUUUGUCUAUAGACGUCGAUGAGAAUGCAGUAAACGCGAUCGUGGGUUCGCUUGAAAAUCAUUUAGUGACGUCCGUUUCGUCAAUAUCAUCACAGAACAAUUUAGUAAAUGUUAUUCCUAAUCAUCUUAAUAUUACUUCAAGUGCAAAUACCAUUAAUGGACAAAAAUAUAACCAGGACCAAAGUGAUGGUGAUAUAGGUUGUGUAAAUUUUCAACCAUCCCUCGUUUCUUGUGCAUCAUUUAGUGUUCCAACUUCAUUUGUAUCACAAUCAAACGUAUCUCAAAGUGUUUCAAAUAACGGUGAACCUCUAAAAGUUAUUAGUACGCAAGUACAAAGUUUGGCUGUGUCAGAUAGUAAUACACCGUAUUCAAUUCGGUCUCUUUCGAACAAUUGCGUUAAUUUAUCUUCGUCUCAGGCACAGAUAUCACAUUUAAUACAGGGAAGUAGUGUAGUAUCUCAAUCUGGGAACAAAACGAUGAGUAUGCAACCUCCUUUGGUUUUAAAACAGGGUACAACUUCUGGUCAAGUUGGCAUGCAACCUAAUUUGGUCACAGUGCCUAUGACAGUGAAUUCUAGCAUGCCUGGUUCUAUACCAAAUGUUAUGACUAUUAAUAAGCCAGGAGGGCAAAACGUAGUAGUAACAACACAGAAUUUGGGUACAGCACAACCUGCUAUAUUGCCCAAUGUGCAGAUAUUGAAUAUGCGACCGGGCGCUCCAGCUGUUGCGUCACAGAAGUCUGUAGCUACAGUAUCUCCGCGAGUUGUUAUUGGGACUCCACAGGUGGUGGGAACGAGAGCAGCUGCUCCUGGAAUAACGCUGCAAACACUUCAAAGUCUACAACAGGGGCAACAGGGUCAUUUGUUGUUAAAGACUGAGAAUGGUCAAUACCAGCUGUUGAGGGUCGGCCCCGCGCCCGCGGCCAGCACUCUCACGGCGCCUCAGCCGCAGACGCUCCGGCUGUCGACUGUGCCGGCACAUCCAGGCGUAGCGACGGUGUCGACCAGCGUCGCUUCACCCAGCCAGAUGGCAAGUCAGAUGGCUGGUCAGAUGGCAAACCAGAUGCCAGGUCAGAUGCCGGCCGGGCCUGUCGCCACGCCGGUACAGCUCCCCACGGUGACGACCAUCCCGACUCCCUCACCCCAGCCCCAACAACCCACUGUGACGACGCAGAAACCUCUAGACAACACGAAGGAGAAAUGCAGGAAUUUUCUUGCCAAUCUGCUAGAUCUGUCCAGCAAAGAGCCAAAGUCUGUCGAGCGGAAUGUGAGGAACCUAAUCCAAGAACUGAUAGACGCCCAGGUGGAGCCUGAAGAGUUUUGUGAUAGGCUCGAACGUUUGCUCAAUGCGAGCCCACAACCCUGUUUAAUAGGAUUCCUUAAGAAAAGCUUACCGCUACUAAGGCAAUCCUUGGUUAUAAAAGAACUGGUGAUCGAAGGAAUAAACCCCCCUUCACCCCAUGUCGCUUUCUCAACUCUUUCCGGGCCCGCGCCGCAGCCGGUUCUCGCUUCCUCUAACAUUCCAAUGCUAGAUGACGAGGGGAGUUCGAGCCCCAUUCUCACGCCCCUCCUGCCCCCCGUGAUGCCAAUGAUCCCGCCCCAACCGCCUUCACCGAUACCGGUUAACAUAACCGUGCAGAGUGUCGCGCAGCAAAAGCCGCCACCAAAAGCGGGCAGCACGAUAGCAGUUCUGCAGAACAUUCCCGUUCAUACCAAGCUGAAUGUGACCAAGGUCGGUAAGACUAUGCCGGUGAACAGCAAGUCUGGCUUCACAAGAUCGACGUCAUCUUCAUCGGCCCUGUCGACGGUAUUGACGGCCGGAAAGUCCCUCCUCAAAGACAAGGAGAAGAAAGCGACGAUGCAAUUCACUCAACCAUUCGUUGACGAUAAGAUGGCAGGUGAUGACGAUAUCAACGAUGUCGCCGCUAUGGGUGGCGUUAACUUGGCUGAGGAAACGCAACGGAUCCUGGGAUCUACCGAGAUGAUUGGUACACAAAUCAGAUCAUGUAAGGACGAGUACCUGGUCCCGCUGUCUCUGAUGCAGUCUCGAUUAAAGGCGGUCGCAGCCAAGCACGGACUCGAGGAGCCCUCACCAGAAGUGGCAGCAAUCUGUUGCCACGCAGUUCACGAACGACUAAAGAACCUCAUAGAGAAGUUGGCUGUGAUCGCUCAGCAUAGGAUCGACAUGAUAACCAAGCAGUCGGAUUUGAGGUAUGAAACAACUCAAGACGUUAAGGGACAGCUCAAGUUCCUUGAAGAGUUGGAUAGAGUGGACAAGAAGCGCAGAGAAGACUCUGAAAGGGAGAUGCUACUCAGGGCUGCAAAGUCUCGCUCUAAGAAUGAGGACCCUGAACAGGCAAAAUUGAAAGCUAAGGCUAAAGAGAUGCAGCGAGCCGAGCUAGAAGAGCUACGACAGCGUGAGGCAAACUUGACGGCCUUACAAGCAAUCGGGCCUCGCAAGAAGCCACGUCUCGAUGGACCUGGUGGUUCCGGAGAUAGCGCUCUUGGUGCUUCUAGCCAUGGAUCUGGUGGAAUUUCUGGACGGAGUCAGCUGGCCCUGAGAACACGUCUCAAGCGUAUUAAUCUUAGGGAUAUGAUCUUCCUCCUCGAGCAACAGAAUGAAACGUCCCGCUCACAAAUGCUGUAUCGUAGCUAUUUAAAAUAGUUUCGGUCACGACGUGAAAAUUAUUAGCAUUAUUGAUUUUACCUUAAACUGUUAAAAUGACUAUGAUUACUGUGCAUUAUGUUGGACUGAGUUAAAAUAAAAAAAUAACGCCACUUUUCUGUAAAUUAAAAAAAAAUAAUCUAUCCUCUUCAUUGUCUAGUGAAAGAUUUAGAGUAUGUAAUAUGUUCGAAACUAAACUAUCUUAAGAAAUAAAGAAGUAAGUACAUAUAGCUAACUACAUAUUUGUAGACCAUAAAUCACACUAGAAGGCGACACCGAUUAUAUGGUG